GGCGACGCAGCUUCUUGUCUUCCAGGAUUAGCAGUGGUGUUGUCAGAAGAAGGCGCUUUCAAGAGGCAGCAAGGCUCACCUGCAAUGAAAUCGCAAUAAGAAAUUAAGGAAUUUGGAUGGAUGGUCUAUAUUGUUUGAGAAAUUGCAUUUGAUAGGCACACAUAUUCGACGAUAUGAAUCCUAGGUCAUUGCAAACGUUGGUUAUGGGAACUGGAGUCAUCUUGGGUGGGAUUCUUACUCUCAACCUGGCUUCUACUGUUACUCUCAAGACCCUUCAUCUUGUAUCUGAGAAAAAACGGAAAAAGGUUGCUUUGCCUUGCAUGGCUUGUAGAGGGAAGGGGUUUUAUAUAUGCAAGCUGUGCAAAGGAAAUUCCACCAUUGAAUGGUCCCCUUUGUAUGACCCUAUUGCCAUUAAUCCUUGCCUUUGUCCUACUUGCGAGGGAAAUAGAGUUAACGGUGGGAUGCUGAGUUAUAAAAUUUGUCUAAAUAUUAUCAGUGACCUCAUGGCAAAGCUAACUCCUUGUGGACAUUACUUAGACUCCUGUUCCCUGAUAACUGAUUUAUGAAUAUAAACUGACUCUCCGAACGCUUAGAAUUCAGUUAACUUGAAAGCUAUGCUUUCUGUUGAUUCUGUCGAUGAAUUUGAGAUUAAUGUGUUCUGCACCAUCCUUUGUUAUAUAAACUGUUUUUGUUUUCCAAUGGUUAUACAUGGUAUUGCAGGGUGCAACGCUGUCUAAACUGUCUAGGAAAGGGCUACGAUUGAUCCGUUUAGACAUGCUGCAUUGUUUUAUGUUCCAGUGGACGGUGAUUUUCUAAGUGAGUGACUUGCCUUUAACUUGAAAGUUUAUCCCUACUCAGUUACCUGUUGCCUAUUCCUAUGCCAUGAAGACUCUAUUUUGAUAUUUUCACUGUUUCUGUUUAAGGAUUAAGGAAGCACCAAGCUCCGAUGUUGGACAAACCUUCAUUAUGCACCAAAUUCUUUACGUUAGAUUAGUUUACCGAGGAAGAUGUUCACACUAUUGUCUGCAGUAUCGUACUGUCAUGAUUGAACAUAUUUCUGUUUAUGUAUUGAUUUCCUCAAGGUAUGGCUUAUUAACACGAUCUCAAUCUCCAUCUCUCCUACUCUAAUUUAACUUCCUCAAUGAGGACCCGUUGUAAUU